AUGGAGAAACCUCAUACCAACGGCGUGGGCGAAGUUCCCCCAACCGCCAACCAGCCCCUGAACAGAGACACAAAUGGCAUCUCCAUCAAUGGAGACACCCAGACCAAACGCAUCAGAACAAAUGAAGAGCGACUUGAAGAUUCGGUCAAAAGAGGCAUCGACCUCCAGGUCAUGCGCUACCCAGAGACUGGCAUCAGUGUUCUCAUUGCUGGUGCUGGCCUAGGAGGUAUAACCUGCGCUCUCGAAUGCUGGCGUAAAGGUCAUACCGUCCGCGUCCUAGACCGUAGCCCAUCACCCCUCUGGACAGGCGACAACGUCCAGAUUAUGCCCAGCGCAAUCCUUCUGCUUCGACACUGGCCCGAUAUGGGCUACGAGAUUGAGGAAUGCCAGUACGACGUUGCCAUGUCAUACUACAAGCAGACUGGCGAAAGGAUCUGGGGUCCUGCGCCACCCAUGUUCAACGACCCUGAAAAUCUCAAAGGAAGGCGCGGUUUCCCUUCAGUCAAUGCGCAUAGUCGUAUCAAGUUGUACCGCGCGUUCCUUCGACAAGCGGAACGCGUGGGAAUUCAGAUAGAAUGGGGAUGCAAGGUUGUUGAGUACUGGGAGGAUCUCGGACAGGGUGCUGGAGGUGUCACUCUCGAAAAUGGCGAGAAGCGCACUGCGGAUAUAGUUGUUGCGGCUGAUGGACUACGCACCAAGUCCAACACUAUCGUGCCCAUGCCUGAAACACUGACGACGAGUGGCAGGGCGAUUUACCGGGCAGGAUAUCCAGUUGAGCAUGCGCUGAAGGAUCCUUUGGUCAAAGAGAUGUGGAACUUUGACCCUGAGGGACAGCCUAUUUGGCAAUUCUGGCUUGGAAAUGGAUCGCACAACAUGAUUGCCCUCACUCAUGAUAUCGCUUUCUGGAGUUUCAUCCAUUCGCACGACGAAUCAGCCAACGAAUCCUGGGUUCCAGACGUUGAUCCGGCAGAAGUCAUAGCCGCCAUGGAAAAGAACAACGCAGUGCACCCAGCCGUGGCAGCCUUUAUCAAGACGGCCCCGAAAGGCUCUGUGGUGAAUUGGCAGCUCAAGUUCAGAGAUCCCCACGAACAGUGGACAUCGCCCGGAGGCCGAGUCGUUCAAGUUGGAGACGCAGCGCAUGCGUUCCUCCCGACGUCAGGUAACGGCGCGACUCAGGCAAUUGAAGAUGGCGUCACUCUCGCAACGUGCCUCCAACUCGCAGGCAGAUCGCAAGCCGCCAACGCGACCAAGGCUUAUAAUAAGCUACGCUUCCAGCGCGUGUCGUGUGGGCAGAAAAUGGGUUUUGUGAACCAGCAGCUCAAGCAGAAUACUGAUUGGGAGGCUAUCGCAAAGAACCCAGCGUUGAUCCGGUCGCGAUAUCCGAAAUGGAUCUGGAGUCAUGAUCCAGAGGCGUAUGCGUAUGAGAAGUUCUGCGAGGCUUUGCAUCAUGUUGUUAGUGAUGGGAAAAUACCGCUGAAUAAUACCAACUUCCCCAAGGGUCAUCAGUAUAGACAUUGGACGAUGAAAGAGGUACUGGCUCAGAUCAAGGCUGGAGAGAAGUUGGAGGAUUUGCAAGAUGGAGAUUGGGCUUAG